GGCUAUUUUGGGCUGCCUCGGGGGAAGAGAGAGGAGAAUGCGGAUUGUUCUUUUGUCGGCUGUGUUUUAUGGUGUUGCACUGAGAUGGAAAAACAAUAAAACGCCCGUUUGUGUGUCCAUAAAUCCAAAUUAUGUCCGUCGAGUGGAAAUCGUUUGAUUCAGGGACCAGCUGCAAUAAGUAACAAAGGCGCUUUUUUGUUACAACAACAACAAAACACUAGCUCGUGUACGGGAUAGCACAGGAAUGGACUUUGUCUGGUGUGUUCGUUUAUUAAGACCAUGGGACUCGUUUGCAUUAGUUUUUUCAUUGAUAACCAGUUGAACAAGGAAAUUAAACCGAUAAAAACCUACAACAAAGAGUCCGCGUGCAUGUCCGGAAAUCUCGCGAGAAGGCGCGUGAUUUUUGCACGUUGACGUUUUGAACUUUGUCGUUCGGUUUGUCGGCUGCUCGCGGCGAAUUGUUCUCGAAUCUGUCGUUCUCGAAUCUGUCGUUCUUUACAGAGGUAUCCAGGCACGGUAAACGAAUACAUCCGCGCACAAACAUAGCAGUAUGACUCAAAAUAUGAGUCAUUUCAAACGUUAUAACUAACCCGGUGAUUAGCUCGCUCGCUAGCUAAGGGAGUUUCGGCGUUGCGCGCGCGCGGUGUCCAGAGAAACUGUAGAUAAUCGAGGAUGACGAUGCACAUCAUUUCGUGAAACAGAAGCUUGGAUCACGUUUCGAACCUUGUGCAUCCUUCUGGCUUAAAAGCGCACGUCAAGUAUUACAGCCUUGCCUUUUUACGUCACACCUUAUGUUGAACACAGCCUACAUUUCCCCGUACAAUGGAUGACCGAAGUUUAAAAGCCCUUGUGCAUUGUUAUCAUGUGAACAUGUGGGCUGUGAACUGGUCUCUCCCUCCUUCAAUCCCAGUGCUCUAUCAGUGCUUUACUCAAGCCCUUUAGUUUGUAAGAGCAUUGACUUCAUUUGAGUGAUCACCCAAAAACAUAGCAAAUUAGCCUUUUAGUAUUUUUCAGUACAUUUAUUUAAGUGUAUGGAAGUGAUCUAGCCUUUGAGUGUCUCUUCACUCUGUGAGUGGAGAUAUGUCUGAAAGUUUUAGAGACAAGAUGGUUAAGUUCCUGUCCCCUGCUUCAAAGAACACUGCUGGCUCCAACUCGGACACGCAGUUGGGUGAAAGGAUUGGUCCUGAAGUCCGACGCCGGCACCACACCAUGGAGCGGGACUCGAAAGCUGAGCACCGAUUUGUCCGGCGUAGUGUUAUUUGUGACUCGAACGCCACAGCUUUGGAGCUUCCUAGCAAAAUCUUUUCCCUGGAUGUGCAACCGGAUUUUUCAGCCUCUUCCACCGAUCUUAAUGUUAGUGAGAUUAAAACUGCUGCUCAGACUGAGAUCCUUGUGGUGGCUGAUGGGCCCGUCGUUGAGAAGGUGGAGGGAGUGAAAGAUGAAGUCCACGAGGAGAUGGUUGAAGAGCAGAGGCCCGUGGUUUCAGCCAGUCAGGUUGUGGAGACAAAGAAGGAAACGUGUCUGGAGCCACACAGCAAGACAUCGGAGCAGGAGUCUGGCAGUAGUGUAGGCACAAAACAGGAAAAUGAUAAGGAGGAAGAUGAAGAAGCCAAGACGAAGGCUCGUGUGGAUUCAGGGCAACAGCGUGGGACUGAGAAGAAGGACCCAGAGGACAUAGAGGAGGUGGAGACGAAGGCUGUCGGAACUUCACCCGAUGGCCGAUUUUUGAAGUUUGACAUUGAGAUUGGACGUGGUUCAUUCAAGACAGUGUAUAAAGGAUUGGAUACAGAGACGACUGUGGAGGUGGCAUGGUGUGAACUGCAGGACCGCAAGUUGUCCAAAUCAGAGCGACAGCGCUUCAAGGAGGAAGCUGGCAUGCUGAAGGGCCUGCAGCACCCCAACAUUGUGCGCUUCUAUGAUUCCUGGGAGGCUCCCUGCAAAGGGAGGAAAUGUAUAGUGCUGGUGACUGAGCUCAUGACAUCUGGCACUUUAAAGACGUAUUUAAAGCGGUUUAAGGAGAUGAAGAUCAAAGUCCUGCGGAGCUGGUGUCGGCAGAUCCUGAAAGGGCUUCACUUUCUUCAUACCAGGUCUCCUCCCAUCAUCCACCGUGACCUCAAGUGUGACAACAUUUUCAUCACUGGGCCCACUGGAUCAGUCAAGAUCGGCGACCUGGGCCUCGCCACUCUCAAGAGGGCUUCUUUUGCCAAGAGUGUCAUAGGUACCCCUGAGUUCAUGGCGCCUGAGAUGUAUGAGGAGAAGUAUGACGAGUCAGUGGAUGUCUAUGCCUUUGGGAUGUGUAUGCUGGAGAUGGCUACUUCUGAGUACCCGUACUCCGAGUGCCAGAAUGCGGCACAGAUCUAUCGCAGAGUGACCAGCGGAGUGAAACCUGGCAGCUUCGAUAAGGUAGCCAUUCCUGAAGUCAAAGAGAUCAUCGAAGGGUGUAUUCGGCAAAACAAAGACGAGAGAUAUUCCAUCAAGGACCUGUUGAACCACGCCUUUUUUCAGGAAGAGACAGGGGUUCGUGUCGAGCUUGCUGAAGAGGAUGAUGGGGAGAUGGUGGCUAUCAAACUAUGGUUGCGCAUUGAGGAUGUUAAGAAGCUCAAAGGGAAAUACAAGGAUAAUGAGGCCAUUGAGUUUUCCUUUGACCUCCACAAAGAUGUCCCAGAAGACGUGGCACAGGAGAUGGUUGAUUCAGGCUACGUGUGUGAGGGCGAUCAUAAGACCAUAGCCAAGGCUGUAAAGGACCGUGUGGCUCUGAUCUGCAGGAAGAGGGAACAGCGGAAGCUGGUGCGGGAAGAACAGGAGAAAAGGAAGCAGGAAGAGGAAAGGGGGCAGCAGCCUCCCAGCGAGCCCACUCCUGCUCACUCCUCCACCACAAAGCCCCCCAUGUCGACCUUGACACCAGUUUCCAUAGAGCCAGAGGAGCCAGAGGGGGAGCAGCACCACCUGCAACAGCAGCCUGGAGCGCCUGCUUCAUCUGUUGGUGGUAUGGAAGGCCAUUACUCGCUGACCGCAUUGGAGUCUCAUCCUGUUCAGCCAGUGCUGCCCUCUUACAGCUCUGUGCAGCCUGAGCAGCAACCUCAGACCUCUGCCACACAACACAGCCCUCAUUCCCAGCUUACUCAACAGCAUGCUGUCCACCCACAUAGCCUGACACAGGUUCCUUCUUCACAAGGAAGCAGUUCUCAGACUCUGAUUCCUCUGUCCCAUCCUGAAUAUAGUGCUCCACAACAGACCACUUUGCCAGGUUCUGUUCAGCCUAGCAUCUCCCAACAGCAUAACCAGCCCCAGCUGGACACUGCACCUCAGAGCUCAACUCAGCCACCACCACCACACGGCUCUCAGGUGGUCCAGGUUCCUCUAAGUGUUUCCCAGUCUCCAGAUCAGACUCAAACACAGUCCAUGCUGAUUCCGCUGUCUGCAGAGAGGUACGUCUUAGGUGGCCUGUCUGAUGCAGCUUCAGGGUUGAGUGAUGGGAAUGAGGGCAAGCAUGAAGCUAGUUCCACAAAGCGCUAUCAGCGUCGCUCAGUCCGCAGCCGCUCACGUCAUGACAAGUCUGCCAAGCCCAAGCUUGUUGUACUUAAUAUUUCCAAUAUUGGUGACCGAGUGGCUGAAUGCCAACUGGAAACCCACAACAGGAAAAUGGUGACAUUUAAGUUUGAUCUGGAUGGCGACAACCCUGAAGAAAUUGCACAGAUCAUGGUCCAGAGUGACUUCAUUCUGGAGAGUGAGCGUGAGUCCUUUAUUGAUCAGGUGCAAGAGGUUAUAGACAUGGCAGAUGAGAAAAGAGAAGCCGCUAAAGACGGCAGUUCUCAGGUGAUCCAUGAUGUAAACCAACCUGUGAUAUCAAGUCCUAAUCUGCAAGGUCUGCCACCCAGUGUGGCUGCACAGGUGGUGCACUCAGCAGGGCGGCGUUUCAUUGUCAGCCCUGUACCAGAAGCACGACUUCGAGAGUCAUUUUUUGGCCCUCCCUCUACCAGCACAUCUUUUGGAGAAGACCUGGCAGUGUCUGAUCCUGCCUCAGCUAGCCAUACACAGCAGGGACAAACCAUCCUGCCUCCCAGCACCAGCCAGCCCUCAGUAUUACCCCCUCAACCUGUAUAUCAGACCCCAGUUGCAGUUACACAGAACACCUCUGCUACUGUGACUGUUGGUUCCACUUCCCCACCUACUUCUGCUCAGAUAACCCAGACGGGCAGGACAUCACCUUCCCUUGCCCCAUCAGAUCAGCUCAUCACUCAGCGUCGCACUUCACUUCCCACUCCAACUAUUCCCUACCAGCUACCUGAGAGCAGCAUCACUGUUCCAACCUCUGUUGGAGAACAGCUUCCUGCUCCGGCCCAUACUUCCACCCCCACACCUCUGCCUGCAGUUGCCCCUAGCCAGUGUGGGGAGAGUGAGGGGGAGACACAGGGAAAAUCACCAGGCAUCGAGGACAUCCUCGCACUGGACAAGAAGCUCCGUUCUCUAUUCCAUGACCAAGGUUCGUCCUCGGGUGCUUCAGCCCAGCCUGAAACAUCAGGCGAUGUGCCCCCUACCUCCUCACCUCCCAACACAAUCAGUUCUCCUCCUCCUGGCCUGGCCUCCACUGCAGGCCAUGUGGCACCGGCUAGCUUGUCUCUGAGCUCCAGUGGGCACUUUGCUCCUGGCAUGUUUGCCUCUCAAAGCCAAGGAGGUCCAAUUAAUCUACAAUUACAAACUAGUCAAGUUGAUCCUGGUGUACCAAGACUGCACACUUCUGUAAGCGGACCUCAAGACAGCCUGCCUACUGUAGAGAACAGGCAGCCAGUAACACCACCAACUGGUGAAGGUUUUAAACUUGGCCGAUUUCAGGUUUCAGUGGCCACUGAUCAAGUUGUGGACGGUGCCUCUUGCAAGAAUACGAUGCAGUCAUCUUCAUCCACAACUUCUUCGUCUUCAUCCCCCACGUCAUCAGCAGUCACGAGCCCUGAAAACACUCUUCAUAAGUAUCAAACCCUGCCAAGCCAUGAUCAUGACCUUUCAGAAUCCAUUUCUCCACCUGCUUCUGCUCCUUCUCCGGCCCCUGCCGCUGCUACCACUACUACUACAAUUGAGUGCUUUCAGGUGACCUCUGGUGCUGACGCUAAAGUGGGUCGGUUCUCAGUUACCUCAGCUGGAAAGGAGGAUGCAUGCCCAAAAGAAGAGGAAGAUGUUUGUGUACCCAGUGUAGCCAUAGUCCAGCCUAACUCCCAAUGCUUGUUAAGCAGUGAUGACUCUGAGCCAGAGGAUGAAGCCUUUAAGAAAGAGAUCAGACAGCUCAAGGAGAGGCAUAUAACUGAGAUCCAGGCCUUGCAAUCUAAGCAGAAGAAGGAAGUUGAAGAUCUGUAUGCACGGAUGGGCAAAGCACGUCCCUCUAUAGUGGCCUCCUCGCCUGUAGCUGUGGCAGGAGGCCGGCGCAGGCUCACCAAAAGCAAGAGCAACAAAUCCAGUCGCAGUGGCAGCACCCACAGUAGCCCUCAUCAGCAAGGAGAUAAACGUAACAAACAGGCUUCAGUUACUCAGUCAACUACAGGAAAGGUUCCAGAUCCUCUGGAUACACUCGGUCAGGAUGUUGCACCAGAAGUGACCACCAUCACAAAUAAAAUAGAAAAUGGGUCAAGCCAAGCUGCUAACCUUCCACGAAAAGGCACAUUUACAGAUGACCUCCACCAGCUGGUGGAUGAUUUUGCUCGGGAUGCCAUGAGCCAAGCACAGGUCAAGAAGAAUGGCAAACAAAAUUCGCAAAGCCUUGAUACACUUCCUCGCAAGUUCUCUGCACCAGGGCAGCUGUGUUCCAUGGGUGGUCCUGUAUGUGCUCCCUGCUCCAACUCUUCUGCUGGAAGGAAGAGUUCAUUGUGCUCGAUGGCCCACCAGCCCACCUACCCCUGUGCCCCUUAUGUCCCCCCACAGUGGGUGGGGCCAACAGGAAAUUCAGUAGGCUUGUUACAGCCCACAGCCACAAAUGCCCUCCAGUCGAGUUUCCAUGUGGCCACAGGAACUCCCAAAGCAGGAACUAAUGGUGGCGAAACCAACAUACGGACCACUCAGGCAAGCUGAGAUUCAAAGGGACAUCACAACGCACAUGGAUUUAGCCUAAUUGUUGACUGUGAACUCUCUUCAAUCACUUAAACAAGCAUAUUUUAAUCCCAAAUUAGACUUCAUCUCUGUCUAGUAAACCAGCUUUACAUGAGUUAUAGCAGUGUAAUACAGUUAAGGGAUAUCCUCUGAAAAUUCUGAAGCUUGUCUCUGUUUAAUCUGUGGGAAAAUGUAAGUAGACUGUUUACAGUAAACAGCAGCCAGAAAGCCUUUAAAGGUCUCAUCCUGUGACUUGAUUAGUGAGUGAGAUGUAUGUGCAGUUAGGGCUAAAAGACUUUGGGCCUUACAGGUGGAUGUGUACAGAUUGGUAUGACGGUUCUAGACUAAGACGAAACUAAAGCUAUGGCCUUAAUUACUAAACGCUAGUCUCUUUAAAUGGGGACGCAUGGAUGUCAUGCUUAGUCAUUUAAAAAGGUUCUUAGUAUGCAGCUAAAUGGUUAGCAUUUUCUUAAGCAGCCUACAGUUUAGAUUAAAUGUCUCCUUAUCUACACUGUAUAGUAAUUAAACAGUGUGAUGAGUUUGGACUAUAAAUGCUGCCAGUACACAUCAUCUGUACCUAAGCAAGACAGCAAUAAACCAGAUGAAUAAAGCAAGUUGGAGUAAGGAAAAGCUUGGUUUGGUGAAGUUUUAGGUUGAAAUUAUACCUUAUUACAUAGUAAUCAUGAGUAGUAGGGGACCUGUUUCUUUUGAGAUUUUGAAAUGUGUUAUUCUUUUUUUUUAUUUUUUCAAAAAUUCUUCAAAAUGUUAGAAUUUGACCUAAGGACAGAGAUGUGCAAUAUAUGAAGGUUAAAUAAGCAGGGUGAUGGAGCACUUGACGAACCUUACACCUUUUUCCAUUAUAAGUAUUUGCAUUGUGACUUUUGUAUUUGUGACUGCAUUUGACUAUACAUCGUGUAGGCCUGUAUUCUCUCAAAAACUCCUACUGUAACUCGGUGGAUGUAUCGAGGGCAUGUGGGUUGUAGGCGUUCUGCAGCGGCUCGAGCUUUCGAGGCUUUCUGCAGACUCCUAGGCUGCAUGCUUACGGGGUGCCUUCUUAAAUGAUCUUAUUUGUUGUGCCAGACUUGACACACAGUUAUCCUCCCUAUAAUGCAUUUUUUCACAGUUUUCACACUGGCUCUUAUUAUCCUGCUCAAGUUGGUAGAAAGUUCUCUUUAUCAAAAAUCAAUCACAAUAUAUAGGAACGUUGCUGUGAAGUAAAUUAAAGUAUCCAAAAUUCACACUUUCUGCAAAUUACAGUAUUGCACAAUUUGUCUUUAUACUCUUAGUACCACUCUCCUAAGCAUAAUUACUAAGCCACAAAACACAGUGCCAUUCCUACACAGAAGUGAUUUUCUCUCACCUCUGAAAUGAUUCGCUCGACUUCUCUAGAGAAGGAAAAACGUUACUGCAAUGCAGAAUAUGCACCGUUUUAAGAGGUUAAGCAGGCUCGGGAGGCUAAUGUUACUUUUGAUACUUGAGUGCAUGAAUUUUUCUAAACCUUUUUCUUUAAUCUGAUUUUCAUAAACCACUUGAUCACAACAGUUUUUAAAGUACCACUAGUGUCACAACACACACACAUCCAGCUAUACUCGCAUUGUUCUCAAAGCUGCAUGUUUUAAAAACCGGAAUAUUUCACCUGUUUAUUAAAUCAGCAUUAAACGUUUAGGUUAGAAAAAGGUAAUACUGCUAAUGCAUUGAUUCUCAGUUGUCAGUUUUGUCCCAGAACUUUUUGGUGACUAUAUUGAUGGUUGUGUUAAUCGUUGUUUUUUUUUUUGUUUUUUUUUUAAAAAGAAGUGUAUAUACCAGAGGUGAAUUAAAACAUUUUGGAAAUGA